UUUUUUUAGAGGGGAGGGCUGAGAGCUGUUGCGCUUAUGAUUAUAAGUUAUAACACACCAAGUAAGUAUUUAAGUACAGAUUAAAAAUUUCAAAAUAAUAACUACUUUUCUCAAAAUUAGUGUUGCUUUUUAAUGGAUUUGUUAACCCAUUAGCGCCAUAAAAAUUUAUUUUUAAAUUAGAGCCUAUAAACGAUGCCAUAUGUUAACGCUGGGUCAUAAUGUGCCUUCGUAUAAUGUGCCUUCGACAAUACAAAUAACGCUCUGUACCUGUUUUAAGUUUCCUUCGAAACUAGUCACCCGUUUUUUGCGUUUUUUAGUUCACUAAAUCCGGAAAAGUGCGUGCUUCGACUGGUGUCGUUUUUGAGUCAGUCUGAUUACUAUUUAUUCUAAACUUUUUACUUUCAAUAAUUUGUUAAUUAACGUGUGCGCAUCAUUGAAAGGUAAAAAUUUAUUAUAAGUUUAUACUAUCACCUAAUUACGGUUGAAUUCUUAUCGACAUCGAUAAGCAGCGUCGACCCGUGGAAGCUAUCUCGUAAUUCGAAUCCGGCACGUGCCAAGGUCGCCGCCUAUCUUUGUUGUCUACGCCGGGUGCAUAUUAUUUGGCCUAUUUAUUUUUUGCUAAGGCGCUUUAUUUUGUCCUUUGUUUAUCCGCACGUUUUCACCAGUUAGUCGAAAACACAUAAUGACUCAAAACAAUGAUCUUCUUUCUUCCGAGUUAAACAAAUGGACUAAAAGCAUGCUCGUUGACUAUAUAGUGGCGCAGACUCUGCCCGCUGGUGUGAAGCUAAGUGACGACUUGUCUAAGUUUUUAAAAGAUUCUUCUUCUGAUCCUGUAUCGCCUUCGCAUGGAAACUCAAUUAAUAUUGCUAAUAUUCUCCAAUCCGUGGUUGUGGAGCUCAAAUCCGUGGCUCUUAGUAACGCUAAGCUACAUGAUAAGCUCAACCAUCUCAAUGCGGCACCUAAUGCUCAAACUCCCAAAUCAAAUGCUCAACUCUUUAAACUGCCAGUUGAUGUACACCCGAACUCGGUUACGGGUAUUCGUUCUACUCAACCCACAAAUCAAUUGACUGCCAGUCAAUCUUCGUCUGUAAAAUCAAAAUUCAUUGUUGGUUCUGUAAAGAACUCAUCUUCCAAGCUGUCAUCAGUGCCUGUGCGUAAGCAUGUUGAUAUUUUUGUCUCGAGGCUUGAUCCAAGUGUUACAACUGCCCUGCUAGAAUCUGAAUUGCGCCGGUUGGUAUUCGAUUAUUCUUACACUAUCAAUGGUUCAGUGAUUGAUAGAGUUGCAAGCAAUAGCGACUUGGGCGUUCUUUUCACUGCCGAUCUGAACUUCCGCCCUCACAUUGACUCCAUCUGCUGCCGAGCCCUCAAAUCGCUUGGCUUCGUAAUGCGCACCAUGAAUGAGUUCAAGCUGUCUGGAUCUCUCAAGACUGUCUACUGCUCUUUAGUCCGAAGCAUGCUAGAGUAUGCGUCUGUGCUCUGGGACCCAUUUGUGGUAAUUGAUUCUUGCCACUUAGAGCGAGUACAAAGGCGCUUUCUGUCGUCUGCAGCUUACAUGCUAAAAAUUGUCCAUCCUCCUCAUGACUAUACUCCAGUAUUGCGCGCACUUGGCCUUACAUCUUUAGCAGAUAGGCGCGUUAAAGCUAAUCUGGCCUUUAUAAAAAAGUUAAUCGAUGGUUCCCUAAACGCCCCUUCACUGCUCGUCCAAGUAAACUUUAAAGUUCCUCAUCGGGCCACAAGGUCUCGAGUUCCUUUUGCUGUACCUCUCCACUGUACCAAUUACGGUAAAAACAAACCAAUUGACCGCAUGAUGCGUAUGUGUAAGGUGUCUUUGGUCAAGACCGGCACAGAAGCAUUUGCUCAAACUUUCACCGCGGGAGCUACCCUAUUUGCCAAAUAUCAAAUAGCUGUGCACAACGACAAAGCAGAUGAGUGUAAUAUGGAGCAAUACUUAUCAUUUCUUGUUGAUUCACCUUUGAAGGAGGAAAAAUCAAAGCAUCCUGAUCAUCCAGGAUAUGGUUCAUUUCAUCAACAAUACUGGCUUGGUGAUAAACUAAUAGCUGUUGGAGUAAUAGAUAUUUUACCAAAAUGUGUAUCAUCUGUAUAUUUAUUUUACGACCCAGAUUAUCAUAAUUUAGUGUUAGGAACUUACAGUUCUUUGAGGGAAAUAUGUUUAGUAAGACAAUUGCACAAUAUGUCACCCGAUUUGAAGUAUUACUAUAUGGGAUUUUACAUUCAUUCAUGUCCAAAAAUGCGCUACAAGGCAAAAUUUCGACCAUCUUAUUUAUUAUGCCCACUUAAAUAUACAUGGCAUGCAAUUGACAAAUGUAUUCAGAAACUUGAUAAUGAAAAGUAUUCAAUAUUUGAUGUGUCUGGUGAUAUUCAAGAUGCUGAUAUUUUCACAAUAGAUAAUAUUCCAGUUCUGUAUCGUGGUUCAUUGAUGCCUUAUUCAGCAUUCAAAAUAAUUGUUGAUAACGAAAAUGAAGAUGAACGGAUUAAAGAAUAUAAAAUAUUAAUUGGACCUAAACUAGCACGGAAAUUAAUUUACUGCAUUAUGGAUUAAUUAUUAAUUUGUUUAUAACACAUCGAUCUGACAUUUUUAACAAAUUAUGAAUUGUAUCAAAAAGUAUAAUAUAUUUAGUUGUCGAUGUCUUUAUUUUAAAAUUAACAUUUUUAUAUAUAAUUAUGAAGCAUACUAAUGAGUACAAGUAUUUGAAACUAUUAUGCCAGGUUACAUGAACUAGGACCAAUCAUUAAUUAUUGAAUCAAUAAAUGAUUUAGUAGCUCAUGAGUGGUCCAUUAAAUUAAUUCAUUUUUCAUGCAACCUGGCAUAAGUUUCUUAAUAAUUUUUUUAUCUUUUUGCUAAUUUAUAUUUUAAAGUUUAAACUGCUAAGAGUUUUUGAAUAUAAUAAUUAGGAAAAUUUAAGAAAUCUAAGCUAUCCCCUGUUAUAACCAAAUCAAUAAACAAUGUUUUUGUUAGGAGCCAUUAUGCUCCAAACAUAAUAGUCAACAGUGGUGGUAUUCGGCUCUAAUAAUUAGGGGGAUAUGGCGUUUAUUCACUACCUAGUUUUUUUUUUUUUUUAGUAUGCUGUAAAUUUACGAUAAUAUUCGGAUAUACAGCAUACUUAUUAGAAUUUUCAGUGACUAAAACAAAAUAAUCAAUAAUUAUUAUUAGUAAUUUUUAAUUCUCAUAUAUCAGGUGGUUAUCUUUCUUAGAUGUUUUCAUGAUUUUUGUUUGGAAAAGUACUACAGUAAAUAUCCACAAAUGACUCAUCUUCAAAAAUAUUAAAUACUUGUAUCUGAUGGUCAUCAUAAUAAGUGCUACAAAAAAAUUAUUAUAUUGAGCGAAGUGAUAAACAUUUUUUUUAUUUAACAUGUUCACUGCAGAUAACAUCAAAUAAUGUAAUUCAAUAUCGUUUGUAUAUGCUGAAUGAUGUCACUGAAUAAUUAAUGUCAUGUACCUUAUUAUUAAAUGCACUUCAAUUGGGCCAGCGUUAAAAUUAAAUUGUUCAUUUUUGUAUUUCAGCACAAUGUUUUGACUUUUUACCAUGGUGGAUUUAAUUACGUGCGUGAAAAAGGCAUACCCACAAAUA